AUGCCCACGUACCCAACCAGACAGUUGAACCACCUGCCGUACACCGCGAAGGACGUCUACCGAGCCACCCGUAGCUAUCGGCAUGCCUCCCCCAGCGCCCUCUUUCAAGGCCUCCCCAGUUAUGCAGACCGAGGCUUGAAAAUGCUGUCAAAGUCCGAAGAUAUCCAGCAGACCUUCGACGAAAUCAUGAAAUCUGACGGCCUAAACGCCAAAUUUCCCCUGGGACACCUCCCGAAAAUGUUCGGUCCAGAGCGGAACCGAGGAUUGAUCGGUAAUUACGUCAACCACAUGGUGGCGGGGUGGAAAACUGUGUUCGAAGGCAUCCCCAAUGGCCUCGAGCGUCUUGACCCUCCGACAGUUCGCGGUAUCCGCCUCCUCGCGCCCGCGUUCACGGAGGACUUGAUGGCCGUGGAAGACCUUUUGGAAGAAAGUGCCAUCUUCGGUCGCUUCGACCCUGCCGAAAUCUUACAAUUGAUGACGAACCUUAAUAAGGUCCAGGAACCGCUCCUAGACCUAGAAUCGUUGGUCCAGGACUGGAAGCUUAUGGCGUGUUGUGUGUCCGCCACCCGCGACCUACUCGCCAGCCGUGCUUACGACCAGAUGUCCUGUGAGCAGUAUCACCGGCUCCUUCGUUUUGCGUUCGAGCACAUUGAGGAUCUCGUACCGAGUUGCGUCCUUAUCUCGACGCCUUCUGCACCGGUCAUCGACACAUGGCGUGAAUUUGCCGAUCUCGCCCUCCAGCUUCAGCUGGAACCGAUUCCCUUUGUACCGCAGGUGCACCCCGCCCCUCGCCGGCGCCCCGGGUCGGACCGCGCGUGUGAGCACCCGACGAGAGACAUCCUCACACAGAAACGUCGGCAGGGACGGCCGGACCGGCGUAUGCAGGCUCAACUUCGCCGGGAACAUAAUGCAUCCAGAGAACAUGGCGGAACACGCGAGAGACCGCGCAGGGUCUCAGCCACCUCCCUGCGUCAGUCCAAAAUUCGAGCUUUCCUUGACCCGGUAGACAAUGACGUGUCGUACAGCAUCGACUUCCCGCUGGAUCAAUACUACGGCGCGGCAUCCACGACGCCCCCUCGCAGCGUGCCCCACCAGAUGACCGAAAGGCCUGACAGCCGCGCCGCCCUCUCAUCCCGUGUCCGAAAUACGGCCACUCAGCGACGUCCAUCCCGGUCUGUCACACGCCGUCGGUCACGGAGCCCGCGGGAGUCAUUGGAGACGAGGGAUGCUCUGAUGCCCUCACGGGAUCGGACAUCAGGGACGAACGAGCCUGCCCGGACGUACCAGGAGGCGAUUGGUAGCUUCCCUCCAUUCUCUCCAUUCCCACCAUCGAGUCGCUAUUCCACUCUGAGCGGCGACGCGGUCGAUGUCGACAACGUAGCGAGAAUGCCGAUCGCCGGGUCGGAGCCUCACCCGACGCGGUCAGGAAGCGUUCUUGGUCGUUCUCCUUCAUCGGGGCGAGUGGCGGAGCCUCCCGCCGACACCAUUUCGGUGUAUGUCUUGGGACGAGGCGGUUUCAGACUGCUCGAAAGGGUCGGAAGGGCCGAAUGGAGAGUGAAGAUCGGCGAAUACGCCGGGCGAUAUCUCCUCUACGAUGGUGAGAUGCGGAGUCACAGUAGCGAGCAGCUUCGGAGGGCGGAACGACAGGGCCAGUAUCCCCCGAGCGUCUUCCUCUUGGAAAGAGGUGCACAGGGGGUCGAGAUUGACGAGAACGUCCGGGUCGCCGCAAAAGCAGUGCUAUUUAACCACUUUUAA